UGUCAAUCUGUGUUUACGUUUUCACAAAAGUGCAAGUGCUGUUUGGUAUCGUUUGCUUCCGAUUUCUCACGGACACACCGAGUUUUGUCUUGAUUUUUGGUUUCCACUACAUUGUUGGUUGUGUAAUUUCGAUAAAAUGCCGGCCGAUAUCUGGGGAUUUGCCUACGCAGCAACGGUCGCUGCCGGUGGCAUUCUAGGCUACGUGAAAGCAGGUUCGGUCCCUUCUCUGGCGGCCGGCGUAACGUUCGGUGCCAUUCUGGGUUACGGUGCAUUCCUGACGUCGCAAGAUCCGUCACGUCCUCUGCUACAGGUCGGCACUUCGCUGGUGCUGGCCGGAAUGAUGGGAGCCAGAUGGGCCCGGUCCGGCAAAUUCAUGCCCCCGGGUAUUGUGUGUGUGCUGUCCUGUGCCGUCUUGGCUCGGGGCCUGCUGUUUCAUAAUCGUUAUCUGCCGAUGAUUGGCAAGAGCGAUUAGAAGGGGGGCGGGAUUAUUCUUUUUGCAACGACAUUAUUGAUGCAUUAUGGGUGGAGGUAUUUGAUAGUAAGAAAUAAGAUGACACAAAUUCUAGACUUAUUAAAA